AUGGAGGGCUCUCACCGUCACUGGAAUGAUAGCGACGUCCUCCAUGGCAUCAUGGACGUGAAUAGCCUCGACGGUUCCGAAUACAGAACCAAUUUGAGUCUCGACCCAGCCUUGAAUCCCCUGUCCGAUAUACACCUCCAAGCCGACUUGGCCUUUAUGGACCCCCAAAACCAACAAUAUCUCACCUCGUGGCCCGCCCAUCCACAAGCUCUCUAUUAUGGCUAUCCCUCUGCCCGCUUGUCUCAUCGUCGUGAAGCCUGGAACCCAGUACAAGUAGCCGGUGUUCCAGGUAUUCCUAUGCCUCCCAUGCAGGCUCCGAUAUUUGAUUCGUCAUUCUCGAAACCAUAUGACAGUCCUGGGUCUGAGAGUGAGAGCCAGUACAUGGGUAGUCAUUCUGUAGACUCUGGCUACGGAACCAGCUGUGCAGCACAGUCUGUUGUCAUGUCUUCGUAUGGCAUAGACUCAAUCUCCACAUCAAGCCCGCAGGUCGGUGCAAAUGAACAUGCUCUUGACGAGUCAAUGUCUCUCUCUGAUCAGGUGUGUGUAGGCUUCUUGCCUGAAUUUGGAGAUUCCCCGCUCGACAGUACAGUCAAGUGUGAACACCCUACCUGCACCUGGGUUGGAAAGUGCCCUUCAGAUAAGAGGAAGCACGAGGCACGACACCAGAAGCUCUUCAAAUGCGACGAGCCAAACUGCUCUCGAAAGGAGGGAUUUGGCACUAUCAAUGAUCUUGCUCGGCAUAAGAAAUGUGUUCAUAAGAAGGAGCCUGAACGUGGACCCAAGAUGAUGUACAUGUGUUUUGGCAGAAAUUGCCCUCGUCCUAACAAGAAGUGGCCGCGACUUGACAACUUCAAGCAACAUCUGAGCCGGAUGCAUCACGAGGAGGAUGCCGACAGACUAUUAAAGAAAUCCAUGGACUGGUAUGAGACACACAAGCUUGUAGGUAGCUCUCUGGAUGAGGCUCUUUUCGAGACACAACAGAAUAUGAUCUCACCCCAAGGGUCCGUUGAGAUGGAUCUCGAUUCCGAGUCAGUGCAUUACGCUGGGGAAGGCAUUGAUUGGAUGUCACGGAGUGAAACCCCCAAGCCGGUCUUCUACAACACAUCCCCCGAGAACUUUAUUAUGGAGUCUGUGCCUGUGACAUCACAAGCCUCGUCCUCGGAGUUGGCCUCAUCGAUUAUCGAGUCUCCAUUAGAAUCCAAGAGAAUCAAGUUUGAGGGACCUGUAUUUGAUGCGGCAGAUAAUUUGAUCAAAACUAUGACAAGGAUGCUGAACCAUAGACAAGAAACUGGUCAGCAUAGUGAUGAGGGAAUCGAGAUGGAGCCUGAGAACCUUCAGCUCUCCCAACCACAGCGCCAAAUUCUGCAGAAACUUUUAUCAACAGCCUUGGACCGGCUAUCGACCGAAGUCCCUGCAGUUGCAGAGCCAGUGGAUGAGAAGCAUGACUGGUUCCAAUGUGACACCUGCUCAAAGCGUACUCGUCUCCGCUGCGAGAUGAAGAAACACCAAAAACGUCACGAACGACCCUACGGCUGCACAUUUCCACACUGCGCCAAGUCCUUCGGCAGCAAAGCUGAUUGGAAACGCCAUGAAAGUUCUCAGCAUCUGCAGGUGCCCAGCUGGCUCUGUGCUCUGCACGAUGCCCAAAAGGACGAGUCGUGCUGUCGGAUAUUUUAUCGCGAACAGACAUAUAUGCACCACCUGGCUCAGAGCCACCGUGUAUCCAAGUCACGGACCCACUCUACCCUUCACGCCACCAAACUCGACCUGGCUGAACAGUCGCAGUUUUGGUGCGGGUUCUGUAGUCGAAACAUCCAACUUCAGAAUCGGGGGUCUGCUGCCCUAGAUGAACGGUUCAAUCACAUUGAUAUUGAGCAUUUUAAGACGGGCAAACGUGGACGGGAUUGGCAAUUCCCUUCAUUGGCGGAAUUGGAGCUAUCGGCCUAUGCUGGACCGGGCGUUGAAGAUCGACCAAUGGCUGCUCCCAAGAUGAAGAGCCGAAAGCGAAAGCAUUCUCAGUGA